AUGGCCGAUUUCACAAAAGACACGCCGCUUAAGGCGGUACAAGUUGAAGCGCUGGUGGUGAUGAAAAUCAUCAAGCACUCGCAGCAGACUUUCCCCACCGUCGCAACCGGUAGCCUCGUCGGCCUCGACAACAACGGCACGCUUGAAAUUACGAAUUGUUUCCCCUUCCCUACGAUCGACGUGCCUGCCGCAGACAGCCAUCAGCAUGAUACCGCCGCGAACCUUGCCGCGGCCGCACCCCGCGCGAAGGCGAAUGUCGCAUACCAGAACGAGAUGAUCAAGUUUAUGCGGGAGGUUAACGUGGAUGCCAACAACGUUGGCUGGUACACGAGCGCAAACAUGGGAAACUUUGUCAACUUGAACACAAUUGAGAACCAGUUCUUCUACCAAAAGGAGAUGAACGAGAGGACUGUCGCUCUGGUGCACGAUGUGAGCAGAAGCUCCCAAGGCAGCCUCAGCCUACGCGCGUACAGGCUUUCGCCUGCGUUUAUGAUUGCGUAUAAGGAGAACAAGUUCACAACGGAGAGCCUCCAAAAGAGCGGACUCCGCUAUCAGGACAUUCUGGUCGAGCUUCCGUUGACCAUCCAUAAUUCCCACCUUACUACCUCAUUGCUUCACCAACUCCCCUCCGAACCCCCCAAGGAGGCACUUUCUUUCCCUCCCAACCUCGCAGCCCUCCUGCAAGACCCCAAUACUCCACAGCCACCGCUGUUUCCGAACUACGACUCGCUGGACCUCUCCAUUGAUCCUUUCCUUGAAAAGACGUGCGACCUCCUCUUGGAGAGCAUAGAGAACCACCACACCGAACUCAACAAUCACCAAUACUACCAGCGGUCUCUUGCGCGCGAGCAGGCCAAGAUCACCGCCUGGCAACAAAAACGCAAGGCCGAAAAUGCGGCGCGGGCGGCCUCCAAGCAGCCGCUCCUCCCGGAAGAUGAAUGGCAGAGGCUGUUCAAGCUGCCCCAGGAGCCGAGCAGACUAGAGACGCUUCUUAACUCACGGCAAGUGGAACAAUACGCAAGACAGGUGGAUGGAUUCACGGCGAGCGUCAGCACAAAGAUGUUUGCGGUGAAGAGCAAUCUCCUUCCUGGUGGAGAGUGA